AUGAACCCAAACCCAAACAUUCAAAAACUUUACACUCGCUUAUCCAUACUAAAAAUGUACUCCAAGAUUGCCCUUUUAUUAGCUGCCGCUGCCGUUGCCUCUGCUCAAACCGAAACUCAAGUUGCUGAAUUGAACUUGUUAUUGAACGAUGUCGGUUCCAACUUAAACGACUACAUGACCUUGGCUACCACUCCAGGUUCCGGUAUCAGUUUAGCUGACAUGCCAGCUGGUGUUUUGGACAUUGGUAUGGCUUUAGCUUCUGCCACUGACAAGUCUUACACUACUUUAUACUCUGAAGUUGACUUUGCUGGUGUCGAAUCUAUGAUCACUAAGUUGCCAUGGUACUCUUCUAGAUUGGAAGGUCCAUUAAACUCUAUCUUGGGUAAGGACGCUGCCACCACCUCUUCCAAGGCUGCUGAAACCACCACUUCUGCUGCUGCCACCACCUCUUCCAAGGCUGCUGAAACCACCACUUCUGCUGCUGCCUCCUCCUCUGCUAAGGCUUCUUCUUCUGCCGCUGCUUCUUCUUCUGCUAAGGCUUCCUCUUCCGCCGCUGCUUCCUCCUCUGCUAAGGCUUCCUCUUCUGCCGCUGCUUCCUCCAAGACUACUGUCACCACCUCUGCUAAGGCUUCUACUUCUGCUAAGGCUUCCUCUUCUGCUCAAGCUAUCUCUCAAAUUGAUGACGGUCAAAUCCAAGCUACUGUUUCUCAACAAACUGAAAACGGUGCUGCCAAGGCUGUUGUCGGUAUGGGUGCCGGUGCUUUAGCUGCUGCUGCUUUGUUGUUAUAA